CUUUCACAGGCUGCUGAAUCAGGAAUAAUAAAAGUGAAAACCAUUGCUGCGCGGAACACUGAUAUUUUGGCAGCACUGAAAGAGAACAGCUCAGAGGUAGUUCAGCCUUUUCUAAUGGGUUGUGGAACAAAGGAACCAAAGAUCACUCAGCUGUGUCUAGCUGCCAUACAGAGGCUCAUGUCCCAUGAAGUUGUUUCAGAGGCUGCAGCGGGAAACAUUAUUAAUAUGCUUUGGCAACUGAUGGAAAAUAGUCUUGAAGAACUUAAAUUGCUCCAGACAGUUCUUGUACUUCUAACAACUAAUACAGUUGUGCAUGAUGAAGCACUGUCCAAGGCAAUUGUACUUUGUUUUCGAUUGCACUUCACAAAAGACAAUAUCACAAAUAACACUGCGGCAGCUACAGUGCGGCAGGUAGUUACCGUUGUAUUUGAGAGAGUGGUUGCUGAAGAUGAACGACACAAAGAUAUUAUUGACCAGCCAGUUGCAAUUCAAGGAAAUAGUAACAGAAGAUCUGUCAGUACACUGAAGCCAUGUGCGAAAGACGCCUAUAUGCUUUUUCAGGAUCUUUGUCAGUUAGUUAAUGCUGAUGCUCCUUACUGGCUCGUGGGUAUGACAGAAAUGACCCGGACCUUUGGCCUUGAACUUCUUGAGUCAGUCCUCAAUGACUUUCCACAAGUAUUUUUACAACAUCAGGAGUUCAGUUUUCUCCUUAAGGAAAGGGUAUGCCCUCUUGUUAUAAAGCUCUUCUCUCCAAAUAUCAAAUUCAGGCAAGGUUCCAGCACAUCAUCUUCCCCAGCACCAGUGGAAAAACCAUACUUCCCCAUCUGUAUGCGUUUGCUGAGAGUAGUUUCUGUUUUGAUUAAGCAGUUUUACAGUUUGCUGGUAACAGAAUGUGAAAUCUUUCUGUCAUUGCUGGUUAAGUUUCUGGAUGCAGACAAACCACAGUGGCUAAGAGCUGUUGCAGUAGAAUCUAUUCACAGGCUUUGUGUGCAGCCUCAGCUAUUAAGGUCCUUUUGUCAAUCAUAUGAUAUGAAGCAACAUUCCACUAAAGUUUUUCGUGAUAUUGUGAAUGCACUGGGGUCCUUCAUCCAGUCACUGUUUCUUGUACCAAGCACAGGGAACGCAUCAGCAACACCAAACCAGACUGGAAGCAAUGCAUCGGGGAAUACUGGCUCGGCACAAACUAACCCUGGAGUGCUUGGAAUGGGAGGAGGUGCAACUGUGUUACCUGCUUUUGAGUACAGAGGCACUUGGAUACCUAUCCUGAAUGUAACAGUACAAGGCAGCGCUAAAGCUACCUAUUUGGAAAUGCUGGACAAAGUAGAGCCACCUACGAUUCCUGAAGGCUAUGCCAUGUCAGUGGCGUUUCACUGUUUACUGGAUCUUGUCCGUGGUAUCACGACCAUGAUUGAAGGAGAGCUGGGAGAGGCAGAAACUCUCACUCAAACCACAACAGAGACAACUUCAUUACCUGCACAGCCUUCAGAGCAGCAAGACUUGCAGUCUGUAUCUGACCAAUCAGAGAAAGAACUAGUUAGCAGAGCUGUCUGGGAAGAAAUGGUGAAUGCUUGUUGGUGUGGUCUUCUGGCUGCUUUAUCCCUCCUACUUGAUGCAAGCACUGACGAAGCUGCCACUGAAAACAUUCUAAAAGCAGAAUUGACCAUGGCUGCACUUUGUGGAAGACUGGCUCUUGUAACAUCAAGAGAUGCCUUUAUAACUGCAAUUUGCAAAGGAUCCUUGCCUCCUCACUAUGCCCUUACUGUAUUAAACAGCACAACUGCAGCUCUGUCCAGCAAAUCAUAUUCCAUUCAGGGGCAGAAUGUUCAAAUGAUCAGUCCCUCAAGCGAGUCUCAUCAGCAGGUUGUAGCAGUAGGACAACCCUUAGCUCUUCAGCCACAGGGUACAGUAAUGCUGACUUCAAAAAAUAUCCAGUGUAUGAGGACAUUACUCAACUUAGCUCACUGCCAUGGAGCCGUUCUUGGUACAUCGUGGCAACUUGUCUUGGCUACUCUUCAGCAUCUUGUGUGGAUUCUGGGACUGAAGCCUGGUGUUGGGGGUGCAUUGAAACCUGGAAGAGCUGUAGAAGGGCCCAGCACAGUUCUGACUACAGCAGUUAUGACUGAUCUGCCAGUUAUAUCCAACAUACUUUCAAGGCUUUUUGAAAGCUCACAGUACCUUGAUGAUGUGUCUUUACAUCACUUAAUAAACGCCCUUUGCUCUUUGUCUCUGGAAGCCAUGGAUAUGGCCUAUGGAAACAAUAAGGAACCAUCACUUUUUGCUGUUGCUAAAUUACUGGAGACAGGACUAGUUAACAUGCACAGGAUUGAGAUUCUUUGGAGACCUCUGACCGGUCAUCUUCUGGAGGUCUGUCAGCAUCCAAACUCCAGAAUGAGAGAAUGGGGAGCAGAAGCUUUAACUUCUCUCAUUAAAGCAGGGCUGACAUUCAGCCAUGAUCCUCCAUUAUCUCAGAAUCAGAGACUGCAGUUGCUUUUAUUGAAUCCACUAAAAGAACUGUCAAACAUUAGUCAUCCUGAUAUCAGGAUCAAGCAGUUGGAAUGUGUGCUACAGAUUUUGCAGAGUCAGGGUGACAGCUUAGGACCGGGUUGGCCACUGGUGCUUGGAGUCAUGGGGGCAAUCCGAAGCGAUCAGGGAGAGUCCUUAAUACGGACUGCGUUCCAGUGUCUUCAGUUGGUUGUGACAGACUUUCUUCCAACAAUGCCAUGCACUUGUCUACAGAUAGUUGUUGAAGUUGCAGGAAGCUUUGGACUUCACAAUCAAGAGCUAAAUAUUAGCUUAACUUCAAUUGGUUUGUUGUGGAAUAUUUCAGAUUAUUUUUUCCAAAGAGGUGAAAUAAUUGAAAAGGAGCUAAACAAAGAAGAAGCACUGUUACAAAAACAGGCAGAAGAAAAGGGAGUGAUGCUGAAUAGACCUUUUCAUCCUGCACCACCAUUUGACUGUCUGUGGUUAUGCCUCUACGCUAAACUUGGAGAACUGUGUGUGGAUCCCCGACCUGCAGUCAGAAAGAGUGCUGGCCAGACACUGUUUUCUACUAUUGGUGCUCAUGGGACUUUAUUGCAACAUUCAACGUGGCACACAGUAAUAUGGAAGGUUUUAUUUCACCUGUUGGAUAGGGUUCGAGAAUCUUCUACCACAGCUGACAAGGAGAAGAUUGAAUCAGGAGGCGGCAACAUUCUCAUCCACCAUUCAAGGGAUACGGCUGAGAAACAGUGGGCUGAGACAUGGGUAUUAACACUGGCUGGAGUUGCAAGAAUAUUUAACACUCGGAGAUACUUACUGCAGCCUUUAGGAGAUUUUUCCCAUGCCUGGGAUGUUCUUCUUGAUCACAUCCAAUCGGCAGCACUCAGCAAAAAUAAUGAAGUUUCCUUGGCUGCUCUGAAAAGCUUCCAGGAGAUCUUACAAAUCGUUUCUCCUGUCCGAGACUCGGAGAAGCCCGACACACCACCUGCCAUCAAUGUUUCUGUACCCGUGGUGGUAGGGACAACAACUGCCACAAGUCUUGGCAGAUCCUUCAUGAGAACUGACUCCAUAGGAGAAAGAAUAGGAAGAUACAACGGAUCUGAACCCCCUGUAAUAACAGAUGAGAUUGAAGAUUUGAAUCUUUGGUGGGCAGCCUGGAACAGCUGGUAUAGGAUUGGUUCAGAAAGUACAAGGCCUCCAAUUACUUGUGAUAAAUUGACUUUCAUUCCCAGCCAGCCUUUUCUUACAGCUUUAAUUCAAAUAUUCCCAGCUCUUUACCAACACAUCAAAACUGGUUUCAGCAUGGAUGAUCUCCAAAAGCUGGGUGUCAUUUUGCACGGUGCUGUUUCAGUUCCAAUCAGUUCUGAUGCCUCCCCUUUCAUCCUCCCAUCUUACACUGAAGCAGUUUUGACAAGUUUACAGGAAGCGGUGCUCACAGCUUUAGAUGUUUUACAAAAGGCUAUAUGUGUGGGCUCAGAAAGCAUGCAGAUAAUGUAUCCUGCAAUCUUCGACCAGCUGUUGGCCUUUGUAGAAUUUUCCUGCAAGCCUCCCCAGUAUGGACAGCUGGAAACAAAGCACAUUGCAAAUGCAAAGUAUAAUCAGAUACAACUAUUUGCACCGGCGGAAUGGGUAGCAUUGAAUUAUGUACCAUUUGCUGAGAGAUCCUUGGAAGUUGUUGUGGACUUAUACCAAAAGACAGCUUGCCAUAAAGCUGUGGUAACGGAGAAGGUUCUUCAGAACAUUAUCAAGACACUAAGAAUACCUCUCAGUCUGAAAUAUUCCUGUCCUUCUGAAAGCACAUGGAAGCUGGCUGUUUCCUCUCUUCUCAGAGUUCUCUCUAUCGGACUACCUGUUGCGAGGCAGCAUGCAUCCUCUGGAAAAUUCGACAGUAUGUGGCCAGAGCUAGCAAAUACUUUUGAAGACUUUUUAUUCACCAAAAGUACACCGCCUGAUAAUCUCUCGAUUCAAGAAUUUCAGAAGAAUGAGAGUAUUGAUGUUGAGGUGGUGCAGCUUAUCAGCACAGAGAUACUGCCGUAUGCUAAUUUUAUUCCUAAGGAAUUUGUUGGUCAGAUAAUGACUAUGCUCAAUAAAGGCUCAAUACAUUCUCAGUCAUCCUCCUUUACAGAAGCUGAAAUAGAUAUUCGAAUGAGAGAGGAGUUUUCUAAGGUGUGUUUUGAAACACUGCUCCAGUUUUCAUUCAGUAAUAAAGUCACAACUCCUCAGGAAGGCUACAUCUCCAGAAUGGCGCUUUCUGUGCUCCUGAAAAGGUCACAGGAUGUAUUGCAUCGCUACAUAGAGGAUGAGAGAUUGAGUGGCAAAUGUCCUCUUCCACGGCAACAAGUAACAGAAAUCAUAUUUGUUUUAAAAGCUGUCAGUACUCUCAUAGAUUCACUUAAAAAAACUCAACCUGAAAAUGUUGAUGCUAACACAUGGGCACAAGUUAUUGCCUUGUACCCGACUUUAGUAGAAUGUAUCACCUGCUCCUCCUCAGAAGUGUGCUCUGCUCUGAAAGAGGCACUGGUUCCCUUUAAGGACUUCAUGCAUCCACCAGCAUCCAAGGUACAGAACGGAGAGUCUUGACCCCAUAAAACAUUUUAUUUUUUUUAAUUUUUGAUGGAAAAACAGUAUCCAAAAAUGUUUGUUCCCGGGUGAAGUUUCUCUGAGGAAAUCUCUUGUGACUAGUACUUUGGCAACCAACCCGUGCUGACUGCCUUUUAACUGUACUAACAAGAGCUCAGUAAUUCAUUCAUGCAGGCUAUAUCUCCAAGGUUCCAGAGUGAGUAGCAGUGCAAACCUGUAAUAAACUUAACUGAAUAGUUGGAAUCCUUUAUAAUCUAAUGUACUUGCUACAGUAUCUUGAAGUGGUGAUUGAAAAGUGGGCUUAUGUACAGCUUGUUGUGUAUGUGUUAAUGAUGUAAUUAAAAAUAUUUCAAUUCAGUCAGAUUUAUUAGGCUGGUGUUUUGCACCCUUUUUUUGAAGUACAAAUUGUACUAAAAUUUUAUGCAAGAUGGUACUGUAACAUUCCAUAUAUCUGUAACCAGCCUUUGUAAACAAAGGGAACUGAUAUACUUGUGUGUAUAAUAAAUGGUACAGUUCUGUAUAAAAUAGUUGCAUUUAUUAUUUAAAUUCUUUUUAAAAUAUUGAUAAUGUUAAAUGCUUGAAAAUGUAUUUAUUAUGAAUAAGUUGUGUGCUUGCAUUUUUACUUACUGUUUGCCUUCUGAAUUGCCAGAUAUGCUCAUUCAUAUCUGAUCAUGUUGUUAGUUUUUGCUUAAUUGAAUGUAUCUUCUCUGUGGUCACUGGUCAUCUAAGGAAGGGUCAUAUGGAAAAAGAUGGCAGCGAGCAGGCAGUAGUCUGCUGGUCUCAAACUUCAAAGUAGUUGACCUGAAAUAAGUUUGAAUAUGCAGAAAUCUACUGUAGCACUUCAACACUACCAUACCUCACUUCAUAAGAGAUUUGUUUCAAGAUGGUUGUUCUACGCAACUCUAUCCAUUUUUGUAGUUGCAGCCUUGCUUUAAAAAAAAAAUACAUAUUUGAGGAUUAUUAGCCUUUUUUGACCUUCUUGGCAGGGAUUACAGUCUUCGAAUCAUGACCCAAGAAAGGUGAUUUCAAAUAUCUGAAAUACUUGGCUGUAAUAUUUUGUUCAAGAAUUUUAAGUGCUUUGUUUUGUAAUAUCUUUUCAAGCCAAACAGAUUGUUCUAAUCUUUUAGUUAUAAACUGUGUCUGAUAUAAAACCAUGAGAAGUGUAUUUUUGAAGAUAGGCACUCAUUAGAAGUGCAGUAAAAUUUGUCAUACGUAAAUGUGAAUUUGUUUCACGUAAUACACAAUCAAAGCAAACCACUUUUAUUAGUAUUGUUUUUAAAGUUUGUGACUUGCACUUAAACUCUUACUAUUCAAUCAUUAAUUAUUAUUUCAAUAAUGUUUCACCUGUAUUCACAUAUUUUUAACCUAUGAUGUGAAAGCACAAAGGCCAAA